CAGACUCUUGUUCCCCCGGAAGAAGAAGGAGCAGCAUUAUGAUCUGUCCACUUGCUACACUCCUUUGUUAAAUAUUUAGAAGUUUGAGAAGACUGAGAUGGCUUUGAGCGCUUCAUCCAAGAGUGAAAAACUCUACAGACUGGUUGGUGUAAGCGUUGGACUACUUUGUAUGCUACAGGCUGCAGCAAACAUUGGAUUACGUCUUUCUCUUUAUUAUUCCACUGUGAGUAAGCCAGAUUUGGAGGCAAUUAUCAAGAAUUUGACUGAAAAGGAAGAAGAUUUAAAAGGGAAGCUGAGUAACUUUGAUCACUACCGCAAACAGGGAUGGGUGUAUUUUUACCACAGUUUCUAUUACAUUUCUUCUUCUGAAGAGUCCUGGCAAGUCAGCAGACAGUUCUGUCUGCAAAGAGGUGCCGACCUGCUGAUCAUCAACAGCAAAGAAGAGCAGGACUUUGCAAGACAAUUCCAAAAACGCACCUGGAUUGGACUGACGGACGUAGCGACAGAAGGGAGAUGGAAAUGGGUCGAUGGGACUGAACUAAAAGAAAGGUACUGGGUAACUGGGGAGCCCAACAGCUAUGAAGGUAACAAUGAGGACUGUGGAGAAAUUAGGUUCUAUGAAAAACAAUAUAACUGGAAUGAUGUACCAUGUAUUGUCAGAAACUUCUGGAUCUGUGAAAAGGCUUUGGCUCUCUAACUUUGCAUCCAAUGGGGUGAUGGUGGCACAUCGAGUAGUGUGGUGCGCUGGGAGCCACAAGGUUGUGCCAUGUCAAAGUGUCCUUGAGCAAGACACCCCUAAUUGCUCCCCAGGCAAAAAUGUAAUGCAUGGGUUUUAAUGCAAUAUAAGUCGCUUUGGAUAAAAACGUCAGAUAAAGACAAAUGUAAUGUAUCCAAACCCACCAGUUUCAUAGAAAUCAUUCACACAAACAUGUCACUGUAAUAAAAGCACAGUUGUGAAUAAUAAGAUGAGUAGUGGAUGAAUUCCCUUUGGCUGUUUCACAUUCAUAGAUUCCAUGGCAGUAUAUGAAAUACUCAGUAUUGUACAUGUAUGAAUUGUAAUUUUACAUGAAGCCUAAUUUUAUUUCCCCAUGCAAAUAUCAGUAGUGCUACACAAAAACGCAUUAUGUUUUGUUACUUGUUUAAGGUCUUGGAAGAAUG